AGAAUGUCAAACAGCAGAGACACUGACGAUCUCAAUGAAGAAGACAUUGAUGAGGAUGAACUCCUUGCUAUGCUUUCACCUGAGGAGCUUAAAGAGCUUCAGAGUGAGAUGGAUAUAAUUAUUGCCCCAGAUGAGACUGUACCGGUUGGACAGAGACAGAAGGACCAGACUGAAAAGCCUCCGACCGGGACCUUCGACCACAGAUCCCUGGUUGAUUACCUCUACUGGGAAAAAGAGUCCAAACGUAUGCUUGAGGAAGAAAGAGUGCCUGCUACUCUGCUGCCAAGUGAGAAAACUUUGAGGGAGGAAGCUGAAAAGAAAGAAAAAGAAGAAAACACAGAGAUUGUAAAAUAUGGAGAGUAUGAAGUGAUAGAGGAAGUCAUUGUGGAAGAUGUAGAUGGUACAGAUGGAGAGGAAAUUAUAGAGGAGAUAAUUGAGGAAAUUGUUGAAGAAGUUGAUAAGACGGAUGAAAAGGACAAAGAGGUGGAUGUGAAAGAUGAGAGAGAGGUGAAGCUACCUGUGAAUAUGGACCAACAUGAAAAUAUAGACAAGCAUGUAUGUCCUCUAGAUAACAACACAGAAACAGUAGCAGGAAACAAUACAGAUGGCAAUCAGCCUUUGUCAGACACAAAAGAGAAGACUGAUAGCUUAACCCUCAACAACAGCAAAUCACACUGUGAAGAGAAAGAGGAAAUUAAAACGACAGACUCUCUCCUUCCCAAAGAAGCUCCAGAGGAGCCAGAGAUAAAUGAAACCAAUGAUAAUUUCCAAAAGAAAGAAGAGAGAAAAAUUAACAAAUUAAAUAUCCCAAAGCUGGCCCUCAAUAAUAUAAAAAUGACAUCAAGACCCUCAGGAAAUGAGACAAACUUGGAGUCGACACUUGACAAGAUCCGCAACAACAAUCCCUCUGUUACUGAGGUAAACCUCAACAAUAUAGAAAACAUUCCCAAAGAGAUGCUGCUGGAUUACGUCAACGCCUUGAAGAAGAAUAAAUAUGUAAAAACUUUCAGUAUAGCAAACACCGGUGUCGAUGAGAACAUAGCUUUCAACCUGGCCAACAUGUUACGAGAGAAUCGCAGCAUUACGACUUUGAAUAUCGAGUCUAAUUUCGUAACAGGAAAGGGAAUUGUAGCCAUCAUCCGCUGCCUCCAAUUCAAUGAGACUCUCACAGAGCUGCGAUUUCACAACCAGAGGCACAUGCUGGGUCACCAUGCAGAGAUGGAGAUCUCACGUCUGCUUAAGGCCAACAACACCCUCCUGAAGAUGGGCUACCACUUUGAGCAGCCAGGGCCCAGGAUGGUGGUGACCAACAUUUUAACCAGGAAUCUCGACCGUCAGAGGCAGCUGAGGAAAGAGGAGCAGCGGCAGCAGCAACUGAAGGAGCAAAAGGAGGUGAUGCGAAUGUAUGAGAGCAGUCUAAACCUGCCUCCAGGUUUACUUGAGAGGAUGGGCUACAUACCGCCCCUAGAACUCUUGCAGGAGCAUGGGCUCGUCCCAUCCCCGUCAGAACUGAGCCCUGUGCCUCAAACACACCACCAGACAGAGCAGCCAAAGCCUCAAAAGAAGCCCAAACAUAACAGCAUUCCCAAACAGCUCCGCGGUGAACCAGCAAAUCCAUUAAGGGACGUCCAGCUGAAGAGGACGCCCAAGAAACGUGACCCAUUUCUGGAGCUGGACCCAAGGGACGACAGGAGACCAGAGAGGACCCGUUUGCAACUGAGGAAGACUCACAGAGUGAAGGAAGCAGCUAGUGGAGAAAUGACAGAUGAAAGACCCAACCUGACUGAUGUAAUUAAGACUUUGAAGCCCGUCCCUCGUAGACGAGUGCCACCAAAAGUUGAGCUAACACCACGCGAUCAGCUCCUAAAUGAGAUCAAAAAGAGCAACGUCGCCUAUCUUAAAGCUGUGCCGCUCCCUAAAGUCCUGGAAUCAAGUGAAACGAGUCUCCUCUGA